GUCGUCCUUCGUUCUCCUGUCAACUUUCUCCCGCUCCUGGGGCACUUGCCACAAGACCAUCCACAUCCUGGGCGCAGUCGUCCGCCGUCGACGUCGCCGGCGCCUCGUGCGCCGCUGGCCAGCGCAUCUCCGUUCAGUGCGAGAUGAGAUCUCGUGGCUGAUGGACGUGCCCGUUUCCCACGCUCGCAGUGCAGCCUCAGCACCAGAACAGACACUUGUGGCACCCACUCACAAUCAGUUACCGUUCUAGCAGUAGUUUAGUUUGGCCUAAGCAACAAAAUCACACUUGAAAAUUCCAACAAAUGUGCGUAUAAGACCGUGUUUAAAUCGCAAAACGUUCAAGCACCAAGCAACGGGCAACAUCAUCCAAAAAUAUGUGAAAACUCCAAAGAUAGAAGGGUGAAUACUCCAACAACGCACAACCUCACCCGCCAAAAUCCGGCCACCUGACAACAUCAACUGUAGAAUUGCAAUAGGCAUUUUGAACAGAACAGACACAAAAUCCACCCCGUCCGUCACCGAAACCAUAACUCCCCAGAAAGUCCCCUCAAGGAAGCUAAGGAAGUCGUAUAUAAAAAAUAACUCAGCAACCAGCGGCUAGCGACGCAAUGCAAUCAUCGACCGAUGCGGGAAAUGGUGGACCAAGAAAACACACGCAGAGCACAGCACCCCAGAAGCAGUCGGAGAUUAGCGAGACCACCUCCUUCACCAUAAGCGCCAGCAGCAACCAGCAGCCAACUCCCGGCGGACCCGCCAGCAAUACACCCAGCAAGAAUCCCUUCAAGCAGCAGUUGGACAGCAGCCACCAGAAUGGCAACCAGGGAACGGACCAGGAUUGCGGGAUUCUGGGCGUCGGCAAGGAGCCGCCGGUCCCGCCUCCGCCCACCUACCAAUCGCAGGCCCACGGGGGGCGUGGUCCGGCACCGCCGCCAGCGGAUCAGUACCGCGAGGAGGAUCCACGCGCUGCCGGGUCCUGGUCCGCCGCCAAGUCCUGGAUGGUCAGCUGGCGUGGCUCCAAUCGCCUGGUGCUCGUCAUCGUGGCCAUAGCCCUGCUCCUCGACAACAUGCUGCUGACCACCGUGGUGCCCAUCAUACCUGAGUUCCUGUACGACAUACGACAUCCGGAUGCGCCGCUCGACAGCUUUCCACGCACCCCGCUCACUUCCAACGUUCCGCCGCCCCCCACGCCGUGUCCUUGCAACAAGGACGGCAGCGAGGCGGCUCCGCUCGAGAUCUCGACGAUAAGUCCGGAGGAAAACGAAACCUAUUACCGCGAGCUGGAGGAGCGCCACAACGAGCUGGUGGGCGAGACCGUCGAGGUGGGACUGCUGUUCGCCUCCAAGGCGUUUGUCCAGCUGCUGGUUAACCCGAUUGUAGGACCCCUGACGCACCGCAUUGGUUACAGCAUCCCCAUGUUCGCUGGCUUUGUGAUAAUGUUUCUCUCAACAAUCAUCUUCGCCUUUGGUCGCUCCUACCUGGUUCUGUUUUUGGCGCGGGCUCUGCAGGGCAUCGGCUCCUCCUGCUCCUCGGUUUCGGGGAUGGGCAUGCUGGCGGAUCGGUUCACGGACGACAAGGAGCGCGGAAACGCCAUGGGUAUAGCGUUGGGUGGUCUGGCCCUGGGCGUGCUCAUCGGGCCUCCGUUUGGCGGGGUGAUGUACGAGUUCGUGGGCAAGUCGGCGCCAUUCCUGAUCCUGGCCGCUCUGGCUUUGGGCGAUGGCCUGCUCCAGCUGUUCAUGCUGCAGCCGUCGACAAAGGCUGAAACGGAACCACCCUCGCUGAAGAGCCUGAUCAGCGAUCCCUACAUCCUGAUCGCUGCCGGUGCGAUCACCUUCGCCAACAUGGGCAUCGCCAUGCUGGAGCCCUCGCUGCCGCUUUGGAUGGUGGACAACAUGGGCGCCACCCGUUGGGAGCAGGGCGUGGCCUUUCUGCCCGCCUCCAUUAGCUACCUGAUCGGCACCAAUCUCUUCGGACCGCUGGGACACAAAAUAGGACGUUGGUUCGCCGCCUGCUUGGGCUUGAUUAUCAUCGGGGGAUGUUUGAUCUUUAUACCCAUGGCCACCUCGAUCACGCACCUGAUUAUUCCAAACGCUGGCCUGGGCUUUGCGAUCGGCAUGGUGGACUCCUCGAUGAUGCCCGAGCUGGGCUACCUGGUGGACAUCCGGCACUCGGCGGUGUACGGCAGUGUUUAUGCCCUAGGUGAUGUGGCCUUCUGCGUGGGCUUUGCCGUGGGUCCGGCGCUGUCCGGGUCGCUGGUGAAGAGCAUCGGAUUCGAGUGGAUGCUCUUCGGGAUCGCCAUCCUCUGCUUCAUGUACGCCCCGCUGCUGACAAUGCUCAAGAAUCCGCCGACGAGCGACGAGAAGAAGUCUUUGAUCUAUGGACGCGAUCGGGCCCAGGUGCGGUAUGUAACCUAUCAGAACUACGAUGAAGACGAAUAAGCGCAAACGAUUUAAUUCCAACGCAAUGUUGCCAAAAGUGCAACCAAAAACCAACAAAAAAAAAAGGGUAAUAAAAUCAACAAAAAAAUAAGUGAAGAUCAAAGAGGCAGAAAAGUAACCGUAACCACAACCAACAAUAUCAGUAAUAUCAUAUGAAUUUCAAAAUGAAAUCGUUGUUCUUGUUCAAUGUUUUGCACAAGUUGCACUAUAGUGUUUAUAUAUACCAGUGAUCAUAUCAAGAAGUCACCUCCCCCC